UAGGUGAUCAAUCAGUGGUUCAGGCCGUGACUCAACAGUUCUGAUACAACCCACACCCACAUUCUCCUGUUCCUCCAGCUCCAGAGCCUCAUACCUGUUAUGCAAGGCACCUGGGAAGGUGGGACAGGCUGAGAGGCAGUCCGCUUGCUGCCCUGAACAUAGACUUGUUUCCAUCCCUCCUUGUCUCUGAGGUCACUCCCUCCCAUCUGACUGUGAGAGGGUAGAUGAUUCCCUACUGCUUGAAGAGCAUCUCCCCCGCAUCCUUCCUGUAGGGAUGGCAGACUGUGACUCUACCAAUCGAUCUCCCUCUCACAAUCCCAGAUGCUCCUCAACCUUUCUACUUCUUCCUUUAGCUCCACCACCAUGCUGAGCAGCUCAUCCAAGUGCUCGCAUCUCACGCAGGUGGAACUCCUGCCACUCUCCCCUGGCCGCAGCAGGCUCAGGCACUCCUUGCAGCUGGAGACCUGAACAGCCACAUUUCUGGGCAGGCUUUCUGUACUUCUGCAUAAUUCACUGACAGAUAUCUAAUGGAUGCUUGUAGGCUUCUGACUGAGAUAAUAAAACAAUUUUAUCCUUCAGAUUUUCUUGGAAACUGAGCUGUUCUACAAAGGUAUCCGUCCAGCCAUCAACGUUGGUCUGUCUGUGUCCCGUGUAGGUUCUGCUGCGCAGACCAGGGCAAUGAAACAGGUGGCAGGUACCAUGAAGCUGGAGUUGGCUCAGUACCGUGAAGUAGCUGCCUUUGCUCAGUUUGGGUCUGAUUUGGAUGCUGCCACACAACAACUGCUGAAUCGUGGUGUGCGUCUGACAGAGCUCCUGAAACAAGGACAGUAUGUUCCCAUGGCUAUUGAGGAACAGGUUGCAGUCAUCUAUGCUGGUGUAAGAGGUCACUUAGACAAGCUGGAGCCCAGCAAAAUCACUAAAUUUGAGAGUGCUUUCCUAGCUCAUGUACUGAGCCAGCAUGAGGCCCUCCUCUCCACAAUCAGGACUGAAGGGAAGAUCUCUGACCAGACAGAAGCUAAGUUGAAGGAAAUAGUCACAAACUUCCUGUCUACUUUCGAGGCAUAAGCUCAUCUGUUCAAACAGACCAGGCUGUUCUUGUGGUUACAUGCUCCAGUUCCAUCUAAGACCUAAAAGUAUGUGUGACUUAAAUAUACAUAUCUCGCUGAGAAUAAAAGUUGCCAUGUAAAAAGA